AUGGCCGCGCUAGCCAGUUCCCUGAUCCGUCAGAAGCGGGAGAUCCGUGACCCCGUCGCCAGCCGCCCCGUCUCCACCCAGCGGAAGGUUUGCCCUCGCGGGACCAAGUCGCUAUGCCAGAAACAACUGCUCAUUUUAAUCUCCAAAGUCAGACUGUGUGGGGGGCGGAAGGGCCGGUUGGAAAAAACACCGGAACCGCAACUGAAAGGCAUCGUCACCAAACUCUUCUGCAGACACGGAUAUUACCUCCAAGUCCACCCGGACGGCAGCAUCAACGGGACGAGAGAAGACACCAACAGUUUCACCCUCUUCAACCUGAUUCCGGUGGGCCUCCGCGUGGUUGCCAUACAGAGCAGCAAAUCCGGGCAGUACAUCGCCAUGAACGCCGAGGGCUACCUCUAUACCUCCGCUCACUUCACCACUGAGUGCCGUUUCAAGGAGUGCGUCUUCGAGAACUAUUACGUCAUGUACUCCUCCACCCUGUACCGGCAGCGGGAAUCGGGACGGUCGUGGUUUUUGGGCAUCAACAAAGACGGACAGGUGAUGAAGGGGAACCGAGUCAAGAAGACCAAAGCGGCAGCCCACUUCCUCCCCAAACUGCUGGAAGUGGCCUUGUAUCGUGAACCUUCCUUACACAAUGUUGUGGAACCGGCCCUGGGCAAGAAAGCAGAGGAAGGCAGCGCCCCUGCGGCCUCCGUCAAAGAGAUCUCCAAGGCUGAAGCCACGUAGCCUUGAGGACGGGGGGGUGCG